UUAUCCAGAAAACAUUAUUAAUUUCAUGUUCAUGCUAAUGCUAAUGCUAAACUGCUAAUAAUUACAAAAUCCAUUUGUCUUCUACUGAAUCCUAUCCAGAUUCUCUCUUCCUUAUAAAUUAUAAUAACAAUCAUUACCAUUUUAUAAACUCAUGAGACUUCGCCUGACCGGAGUUCAGAUUUAAUUUGAGCUUAGCCAGCAAUGAGGACGGCAGUGGUAGCAGCAUUUUUGGUUACAGCGACUGUGCUGGUCGGCAACGGCAGUGGCAGAGCUGUGAAUGAGCACGGCCGGGAUGGUGAAUUGGAUAUAAAUAUAUGGCCAAUGCCGGAGUCAGUGAGCAGAGGUCACCGUAAGCUUUACUUGUCUCCGAAUUUUCAUCUGGCUUCUGAGUACGCCGAUGGUUCUGGUGUUUUGAAGGAUGCUUUUUCGAAAAUGGUUAAUCUUCUCUUAAUGGGCCAUGAAGCUUCUUCUAAUUUGUCUUCGUUUCAUCUUCUCCAAGGUCUUCAUGUCGUCAUUCUUUCUCCAGAUCACCAGCUACAAUAUGGUACUGAUGAAUCAUACAAAUUACUUGUCCCUGCACCUGGAAAGCAAGAUUAUGCACAUCUUGAGGCACAGACAGUCUAUGGGGCUUUACAUGGGCUUCAGACAUUCAGCCAAUUGUGCUAUUUUAACUCUGCGACCAGUGUGAUUGAAGUUCGUAUGGCUCCGUGGACAAUCAUUGAUCAGCCGAGGUUCUCUUACCGGGGUCUCUUGAUUGAUACUUCACGACAUUAUCAGCCGUUGUCAAUGAUUAAGAAAGUAAUUGAUGCUAUGUCCUAUGCAAAACUGAAUGUUUUGCACUGGCAUAUCGUAGAUACACAAUCUUUUCCUCUGGAGAUACCUUCAUAUCCAAAACUGUGGAAUGGUGCCUUUUCAGUUUCAGAGCGGUAUACUUUUUCUGAUGCUGCUGAAAUUGUGAGUUAUGCCGAGAGGCUAGGAAUUCAUGUAUUGGCUGAAAUUGAUGUUCCCGGACAUGCACUCUCAUGGGGAAAGGGUUAUCCUUCUUUAUGGCCAUCAAAGGGUUGCCAACAGCCACUUGAUGUCAGCAAUGACUUUACAUUUAAAGUGAUAGACGGGAUUCUUUCAGAUUUCAGUAAGAUCUUUAAAUUUAAAUUUGUUCACUUGGGAGGUGAUGAAGUAGACACAAGUUGUUGGGCUUCGACUCCUCACAUAGCAAAGUGGUUAAAGAAGCAUGGAAUGAAUGAAUCUGAAGCUUACCAGUACUUUGUCUUGCAGGCACAGAAAAUUGCUUUAUCCCAUGGAUAUGAAAUUGUCAACUGGGAAGAAACGUUCAACAAUUUUGGCAGUAAAUUGAGCCGGAAAACUGUGGUGCACAACUGGCUUGGUGGUGGUGUUGCUCAGCAAGUGGUUGCUUCUGGGCUGAGAUGCAUUGUGAGCAACCAAGAUAAAUGGUAUUUAGAUCACUUAGAUACUCCAUGGCAAGACUUCUAUAUGAAUGAACCACUCACAAACAUCACUGCCAUCGAGCAACAGAAGUUGGUUAUUGGGGGUCAAGUAUGCAUGUGGGGAGAAACAGUUGAUGGAUCAGACAUUGAGCAGACGAUAUGGCCACGUGCUGCGGCAGCUGCAGUGAAGAGCGGCUAUGGACACCUUAUGACAAGCUUGCCAAGAAUCCAAGUCAAGUUACCGGAAGGUUAGCACACUUCAGGUGUCUGCUGAAUCAAAGAGGAGUAGCAGCAGCUCCACUUGCUGCACCUGGCCGCGGCGCCCCUCUAGAACCAGGUUCUUGCUACUCGCAGUAACAUAUUGUUUUUGUCACUCCAAUUAUUGUGAGUGCAAAAUAGUUUGUAAUGAGCCCAUUGUAAUUUAUUGGAAUAAAAAUAGGUUCUCUUCAGAAAUGAAAAUAUGUGCACAUGCUUGGACUUA